ACGCAUAGCGUCACACGAUACUCUUCAUAACACUCGCAUGGAGCACUAGGAGGUCGAACUAGAUGAGGACUCUCACCAAGGACCUCUCGAAGAUCGUCAAGUCCGUACGAUGGCGACUUCGAUUCUAGCUCCCAUGAGCCGCAUGGAGAAUGUUCCUGCCAUUGGGGACCCACCCUUCGUCUCUCUCCCUAGCAAGAUGCAGCAGAGGUGGAAGACCCCAAGCACAGGUGCUCACAUACUUUCGAUGAAUAUAUCGCCUCAGCACGCACUGGUCGUUGACAGCAUCACGGAUAGACGACUCAUAGACCUGAGGAGGCCAUGAUAUGUACUAUAUUCUCCCCUGUAUAAUAGUUUCUAUGAGAU